CAGGCCAAGAAAAGUGCCGAGUCAGCUUGCUGGGAUGCUGGCAGCUUGCAGAGGAAAGAAAUGCCGCAUCACUAAUGUUCUGUGGAUGUGAGCCCGACUGCCGUCUGCAGGUUCCAAAGUACUUCUCCCCCCUCCCCACUCCACCACCACCCCAUGCAUUUGGAAUGCAAAGGGGAAGGAAGACUGGGGAGGGGAGAGGAGGGGAGGGGGGCUUCCCAAUAGAGGAUAUCUAGCCUAAUUCAGGAGGAGAGUUCCUAACCUAAAGGCAACCAUCCUAAUCAAGGAGAAAAUAGCCCAAGAGAAGACUGGGGCACAGCAGCUCAAACUAGGGGAAAGCACUGCAGCUAAAAGGGGAAAAACGGCAUUUUAGCUUGACAAGGAGAACAUUUCACCACACCAACAGGCGAAGAGCAAGUCAUACCUAAGAGAAGUGGGGGUCUCUCUCUCUCUCUCUCUCUCUUUCUCUCUCUCUCUCUCUCUCUCUCAGAAUAUGGCAUCUGUGAAAGAAGUGUCUAGCUUUACGGAAGACCUGCUGUGUCCCAUCUGCCUCUCUAUCUUUCGGGACCCCCACAUGUUGGAGUGCGGCCACAGCUUCUGUGCCCCAUGUUUAGAGCCUUGCAUUCCCAAGGGCCAACGGCGUGGGCUCUGUCCUGAGUGCCGGCGGCCUUUUGCUUUGCGCCGUAUGGCCGUCAACCGAGCCCUCUGCAGCCUGGCGGAGAAGGCUCGGCUCCUGAAGCUGGACGAAGGCCCCCACUUGGGCGGGACAGGAGGAUGGUACUUCUGUGAGGAGCACGAGGAGCCACUCAAACUCUUCUGCAGCCAGGAUGCGGGACCUGUCUGUGUCAUCUGCCGAGACUUGCCACAACAUCGUGGACAUGACUUCUUGCCCAUCAAAAAUGCAGUUCAGUCCUAUCAGGAUCAACUAAAGGCCUCUCUAGAGCCUCUGGAGGAGGGUAUCAGGCGGCUGAAACUGAGCCAGUGCCGCCAGCAGGAGAACAUAAUCGAAUUAAAGACCUGCUCUGAGUCCUUGUCUGAUCAUGUCUCUGGAGAGUUUAUGAAGAUGCAUCAGUUGCUGAGUGAGAGAGAGCUGAGUUUAAAGGAGGCCCUGGAGAACCAGCGAGAGAAGAACCUGGCCCAGAUGGAAACCAAGCUCAAGGAAUUGAACUGGAAGGUGGCCUCUCGGUCAGAGACCAUUUGCCAAGUGCGGACGGGCCUUGAAUGCAAGGACCAAAUCAGUUUCCUCAAGGAGGCAAAAGAGCUGCUGGAGAGGGUCCACAAGGACCAAGGCAUCCAGGAUUAUGAAGAAGAAGACAUUGAAGUAGAGAUGGUAGAAGAAGGGUUUGGAGCCAGCAGUGACGACACAGAUGAGUGUGAGAAUGAGGCAGAUGAGGGGUUGAUGAGAGGGGAGGAAGAUGAAGAGGAGGAGGAAGAGGAGGAGGAGGAAGAAGAAGAAGAGGAGGAGGAGGAGGGAGAGGAAGCAGAGCAAGAGAAGGCAUCCCAAGCAGAGGAAGAGGAUGAAGAUGGAGUGGUGCCUGUGGACUUGAACCUGGGAGAGUUCAAGGGACCCCUGCAGUUCUAUGCAUGGAAGGAGCUCUUGGGUGCUGUACAUCCAGUCCCUGCAUGUAUCACCUUGGACUGCAACUCUGCUCACCCAAGCCUGGUCCUUGUAGAGGAAGCCACCGGAGUGAAGUUCAGCCCAGGCCGACGUUUCUGGCGACGGAAGCCGGAGCGCUUCAUCUCUAGCCCCUGCGUGGUGGGGCGGAAGGGCUUCACCACAGGGCGGUUCUACUGGGAGGUGCGAGUCGGGGACAGCACCGGGUGGGUCAUAGGGGCAGCUAAAAAAUCAGUGAAGCGCAAAAAACGCCUGAACUUCUGGCCCAGGGAAGGGGUGUGGGCCAUUGAGCUCAGAGGAGGUGAGUACCAAGCCCUGAGCGAGCCCCGGACUCACCUAUCGGUCUGCGGGAGGAUGGACAAGGUCGGGGUCUACUUGGACUUUGAGGGGGGGCAGAUCUCGUUCUACAACAGCAGCAGCAUGAGCCACCUCUACACCUUCCAGGUCUCCUUCCACGAGGAACUGCUUCCCUUCCUCAGCACCCAAGGUAGCCACCCCCUCUCCGUCUGGGACCUGGAGCUCUGAGUCCCUGGCGGAAGACCACAGUACAUCCAAUGAGUGGCGUUUUUUGCCCUUGCAUAUUUCCCCCCCUUUUAAAAUAGUCACUGCAGCCACAGGAUCAGGGGCCAUGGUGCCGUGAGAGGGGUGUCAACCCCUUACCCCUCGCACUGCCCUCCUCGUGACCUCUGCACCCAGCCCAAAGCUGCACUGGUGAAGACGGUAGCUUUCCUCCUAAAGCAAAUAGGAGUUGGGGAAGUAGCGGCUGGUCCCAAUGAGUUAGGGGGCACCAAACGAAGCCCAGCUGCCUCUGGUUCCCAGCAGUCCUGGUUGGCCCCCCCCCCCCCUCUCUCAACCUCCCAGAGUGUUAAUGAGAGCCGUACUGCCUGCAGCCUGACCAUUUAGAACGGUGUAGGCUGGUCAGUCAUGAAGCAGCCUGUGCAGCUUUACCUGAUGAAUGGCCAGCCUGCAGGCAGUCCAGCUCUUGUCCAUGCUGGGGUGGGGUGAGGCAGGAGAGAGACACACAAUUGGGACUGUUGGGAACCUCAUUUGGCAUAGCCCUGGCUCGUUAGAACAAGCCACUUCUAAACUGAGGAGAGAAUUUUCAUUGGAACCACAGCAUAAUGGCAAAGGGUUAAAUCCCCUCCAUGGCACCAUGGUCCCAAUCCUGAUCAUGCCUCCUGCCAUUUUUUCUUUGUAAAGAAGCAUGCAAGCAUAAACUCUGUAUUUAAUGUAGCCUUUAGUUUGACCCUCAGGUUUUAUAGUACUGUAAAAAGAGACAACUCUUGUUUAUCAAGAGCUGGAAACCAUGUGGCUGUGGAAUUUUUUUUUAAAGGGUGACCUAGAUUUUAGUCUUUUGCAUUGUUUACAAACUAUGGUCUUUCAGAAUUUGAAGUUGGUAUGAUAAAGCCAUCAUUGCCCAUGUUAA